CUCGGAGCCGCCCGCGACACAAAAGCUGGGGCGAUGGGUCCAGCAUGAAAGGCGCGCCGGGCGGCCCGAAAGAGCGGCCCGGAGGAGGAGGAAGAGGAAGGAGGCGAGCAGGAGGAGGAGGAGGAGGAGGCGUCCCCGCCGUCGGGCCUGCCAGAAGCGUCUCCGCGCCCAGUCCUUCCAAGGCGAGGAGGAGGAGAAGGAGGAGGAGGAGGAGGGCGGCUUCCGCGGGGCCAAGAUGAUGGUGCACUGCGCCGGCUGCGAGCGGCCCAUCCUGGACCGCUUCCUCCUCAACGUCCUGGACCGGGCCUGGCACAUCAAGUGCGUCCAGUGCUGCGAGUGCAAGUGCAACCUCACCGAGAAGUGCUUCUCCCGAGAAGGCAAGCUCUACUGCAAGAAUGACUUCUUCAGGAGGUUUGGCACCAAAUGCGCCGGCUGCGCCCAAGGCAUCUCGCCCUCCGACCUGGUGCGCAAAGCCCGGGGCAAAGUCUUCCACCUGAACUGUUUCACCUGCAUGGUGUGCAACAAGCAGCUCUCCACCGGCGAGGAGCUCUACAUCAUCGACGAGAAUAAGUUCGUCUGCAAGGAGGACUACUUGAGCUCAGCCAGCUUGAAAGAAGGCAGCCUCAACUCAGUGUCUUCUUGUACUGACCGGAGUUUAUCUCCAGACCUCCAAGACCCCAUGCAGGAUGACCCAAAGGAGACAGACAAUUCCACCUCUUCGGACAAAGAGACCACCAACAAUGAGAACGAGGAGCAGAACUCCGGGACCAAAAGGAGGGGCCCCCGGACCACCAUCAAAGCCAAGCAGUUGGAGACCCUCAAAGCAGCUUUUGCAGCCACUCCUAAACCUACCCGGCAUAUUCGGGAGCAGCUGGCUCAAGAGACAGGGCUCAACAUGAGAGUCAUCCAGGUCUGGUUCCAGAACCGCAGAUCUAAGGAGAGGCGGAUGAAGCAGCUGAGCGCUUUAGGAGCCAGGAGGCAUGCCUUCUUUCGGAGUCCUCGGCGCAUGCGCCCUUUGGGUGGCCGGCUGGACGAUGCUGAGAUGCUGGGCUCCACACCCUAUACUUACUAUGGAGAUUACCAGGGUGACUACUAUGGUCCCGGCAGCAACUACGACUUCUUCCCGCAUGGCCCUCCAUCACAGGCCCAGUCCCCGGCUGAUUCCAGCUACAUCCCGACUUCAGGGGCUGGCUCCACUCCGCUUGGUCCACUGGAACCCCCCCUCCCCGGGCACCACUCGUCCGAGAACCAAAGGUACACGGAUAUGAUCUCUCACCCCGACACCCCCAGCCCUGAACCAGGCCUGCCCAGCUCCCUGCACCCUAUUCCUGGCGAAGUCUUCAGCAGUGGGCCCAGCCCUCCCUUCGCCAUGUCUGGCUAUAGCAGCGGGCCUCUCUCGCACCCCAACCAGGAGCUCAACGAGACAACCGUGUGGUAGAGGGCUCCUGAGAGGAGGUGGCACCGGAGACAUCCAACCACAGCCCUGUGUUCCCCAUGCUAUGACUCCUUGGGAGCCCGGAUCCCAUGCUCUGAUGUCCCCCAUCUGCUCCAUCGGAGGAUCAGAACUGCAGAUACCCGAAAUGUCAACCACCACGAUGCCGAAACAGCACCUCUUUUGCUGGGGGCAUGGGUACACUCAAACAGCACCUCUUUCACUGGAGGCGUGGGAAUGCCAAAACAGAGCCUCUUUUGCCAGAGGUAUUGGUAUGCCAGGACCAUAAAUGGACCAUGCCUUUGUGAUGGAGGGGUUUGAAGGGGGAUGUUUUGUAUCUCAGUUGAGGGGGCAGCAAAAGGCAGAUCCCUACACAAACCCACUCAACGAUCCCCUUGUUUCCUCUGGCAGCGAAUCUCGGGACAUUCUUCGCGAACUCCUCUGUGGACCAAAGCUGGACUUGUCUCUUUUUCGCAGACUGAAGGAUCGCGUCUUUGGUUUGGGGAUUGGGUCUACUUUGUGGGGGGAGUGGGGCGGGUGGAGGAAAGGGGUUGCUUUCGCUUUGGGCCUUUUUGGUUGGUUUGUUUCUUCGAGCAAGAACCUGUUUAUUUGAAUUCGGAGGCUUAUUUUGUAUAGGAGGAAAGGGAGGUUUCGUUGGUGAUGCGCCUCCCCCUGGUGGUAAGUGCUGGAUCGACUUUCAAGGACUUAAUUUAACUGGAGGGGGGGGAGUGCUUUGGGAAAGGAUAUUUGAUUCGGUUAAUUAUUAUUAUUAUUAUUCAGAUUAUUAUUAUAAUUAAUAUAAUUCUAUUAUUAUUAUUAUAUUUUGGGUGGGAAUCGAACCACGACUGCCAAUAAAACCAACGGCACAUUUGAGGCUACCGCUAGCAAAUACCAAUCUAGUCCAAAACUUCUUCGGAGGCUCCGUGUGUUUAAGGAUGUAUGAUAGUUUUUUGGCGCCUAGUUUCUUUAUUUUGUAUAACGAAGAAACAAAUAAAGUAUGUUUUUG